AUGGUUGCAACAGGUAACACAAACACAACAAUAGAUGUAGAUACAUUUGAUGAUGAUAAUUUAGUUGAUGAAGAUAGAGAUGAUUAUUAUUCAAAUGAGAUAAUGGAUCAAGAUAUUCAGACCAUUGACACAGACAUUUUAGAUACAGCACAACAAAAUAAUGCAGCUAAGAAAUCAAUACUGUCUUGGCCACACGAAAUUAGCAUGAAAUUAAUGGUGCAACAAUUAAAUGAUUUGAGAAGAAGUGAUGGUGGUGAUGAACAUACCGCCAAUAGAAGUAUCAACCACGCAAAGGAAAAAGAAAAGUAG